ACACGGCGGCAGCUCCAAAGAUCCGAGUCUUAUCAGCUGCAAACAGCGAAAACACUCCCUAAGCUGACUGUUGUUAUGUCAUCUUCUGCAGGUGGGAUGAACUUGGACGAGUACUUCCAAAGGAUAGGCUUCCAAGGCCCUCAUGAUAAAGCGGAUCUUGAAACCUUGACAUCGAUCCACCAGCUGCACAUCAUGUCGAUUCCUUUUGAAAACCUCAGCAUUCACUGUGGCGAGUGGAUCACCAUGGACCUGGAGGUUAUUUUCAAUAAGCUGGUGAGGAGCAGCCGUGGAGGCUGGUGCCUUGAGAACAACUCCCUGUUUGGAUGGGUGCUGAGAGAAAUGGGCUUCGAUGCGACAACGCUGAGCUCCAGAGCUUUCAACAGUAUCAUCAAUGACUUUGGUGCUCUAGAUUCUCACCUCAUUCACAAAGUUAUCAUUGACGGGAAGGCUUAUAUAGCUGAUGUUAGCUUUGGAGUGUCUUCCCAGAUACGGGAGCCAUUGGAGCUCAUUUCUGGAAAGGACCAACCACAGGCAGCAGGGGUGUUUCGUCUUAUCAAUAAGGGGGACAUCUGGAUCCUGGAGAAGACAGGAAGGAAACCAGAGGUUCUGAAUCCAGAAUUUCACAAAUCCAGCCUGGUAAACAGGAAGGAGACGAAGCAGAUCUACUGUUUCACCCUGGAUCCUCGACAGGGCGAUCAUUUCACCGAUAAAAGCCAGAGACUCCAGAGAGACCCCGCCUCCCUCUUCACCAACAAGUCCAUCUGCUCCCUGCAAACGCCUUCAGGAUUCAAAGCUCUGAUUGGCUGGACUUACAGCGAGGUCACCUACAAGCCAGAGGAAGGGUUGGAUGUCUUAGACAUGAGGAACGUAGCAGAUGAUGAGAUUGAUAAAGUUCUAUGGGAACAUUUUAAUGUGAAGCUUCAGAACAAACUAAAGCCUGUAUGCAACAAAACAUUUUACACUCUUUGAUAAAAAAAAAAAAACACUCCGGAGAAGUAGGGAAACCUUUAACUCAACAUUUCCACCAAGUUAUAUGUUAUACAAUAGAUACAAACUCUAACUCUACUUAGAAGCAAUGUAAAAUGACUUAAGUAUUAAAUAUGUUUAAAACAAGGUUCACUGUUUGAAAUAUACUCAUAUAUUUUGCGUUAUUUAAAUUUCUUGUUUCAAAUUUUAAGUGGAAAUGCAUGUGAUGGAUGCACAAUUUAACAGAUUUUAUUCUUCUCCUGUAAUGAAGAGGACUUCCUUGUUUAGUAGGCAUUUCUUUAAUAUUGUACCCAUAUAGUAUUACCACGUCGGGACGUUCACUUUUUAUUUUUAUUAUCGUGAAGACUACUAAAACCAUGCUAACCUCUAAUCAUUUGGACCAACAACAGUCUUAUGUGUUUGCACUUAUAGCUUUGUAUUUCAAGUAUUUUCCUAAAGUUUGGAAGCAAAAUGUAAACAGUUUUUCUAGAUAAAACUAGAAUUAAAAAGGCAGUGAUGUAAAUGUUCCAAUUAUGUGUAUAACUCCUCUUUAAAUCUCUUUCUAGCAAUGUUUUAUUUCACGUUUUGAUUUGUUUUGAAAUCAUAAUCACUUUGUAAAACUUUUCUUUUGUCCUAAAUUCCUUGAGUGGAUUAAUACAGUGUAUAAGACUCAUCUUAAACACACCAUAGAGUCAGGAGUUAGCUGCUGUGUAAACCAUACUUAUACAAAGGUCAUUAAAUCAAAUUUCUUAGCUGUUAGUAGUGGCUGUAAAGCAGCACUUUUUUCUCUCGACCAGAAUUUUUUCCUUGCACCAAACUUUCUAAAAAAAAAAUAGCAAUGAAUAAAUCAUUUUGCAAAGCCAGCUUCUUUAGAAAUGACCUUUUGUAUCUUACCCUGCUUUUGUAAGAAGGUAGAUAAGAAAAACUGAAUUGUAUAGCACCUUUCACAGAUAGCAGAAUCACAAAGAUUUUAAAGAUUGUCAGUGACUCUGCUGUGUCCCUUUUUAUUGCUUUCGUCAUACAGAUUUUUCUUCCAAUAAUCAGUAGGAAAUGAACAGAUUAAAUAAAUAUCUGAAUGAAAUGACUGUAUGUCAUAUGAGUUUCACGUUUUUAUAGAUUUAGCUUCUCAAUGCACCCCUGGACUAUGAUCCAAUUGGAAUGUGGAAUGUUUUGUAAAGUCUAAAGUCUGGAGCUUUAGUAAACCUGCAGGUCAAGGUGUGCUGCCGUUCUUGCAACCGUUCUUGUGCGCUAACUGUUUACUCUGUCAGACACUCUCACAUGACUUGGCAAACAACCAGC